GAGUAUAAACUGUGUUCCACUUGUUUGUAUACUCAGUUCUCCGGUAGCCUCGUGAUACAGAAUCAUAAUGGUGAAGGCGAGGAAAUACGUCGUCAAGAAACACUUCGAGGGUUUACCCAAACGUGAAGACUUCGAAAUUGUGGAAUACGAGUUACCCCCACUUAAGAAUGGAGAGAUCCUUGUCAAAGUUGAAUGGGUGAGUGUAGACCCUUACUUGCGGGCAUACAAUUCACAGAAUCCAGUUCCAUACGAUCAGUUCGGUUUUCAAGUUGGAUUGGUAGAAGAUUCAAAAGACCCAAGAUUCCCAGUUGGUACUAGAAUCGUCUCCCACAAAGGCUGGUGUGAUUAUGUUGUUAUCGAUACAAAUGAUGCGAAAACCGACGACGAAAAAGUGCACAAACUACCAAACUUGAAAGGGUUGUCCAAUUCUCUGGGAGUUGGUGCAGUGGGUAUGCCUGGUGUUACUGCGUAUUUUGGAUUUCUAGAACUUUGUCAGCCUAAAGCUGGGGAGACAGUCGUUGUUAUCGGCUCGCUGGUCGGACAGAUUGCUAAGAUCAAAGGAUGCAAAGUCAUUGGUUUGGCUGGUUCUGAUGAUAAAUUGAAGUGGCUAGAAGAGAUCGGAUUUGUCAAGGCGAUUAACUACAAGACUGCUGACAUCAAGACAGCUCUCAAGGAAGCUGCACCCAAUGGUAUUGACUGCUACUUUGAUAAUGUUGGUGGUGAGCUCAGCAGUGAAAUUAUAUACCAGAUGAAUAAUUUCGGUCGCGUAGCUGUCUGCGGUAGCAUUAGUGCUUACAAUGAAAGUGAUACACCUAAAGCGACGAUCCUUCAACCUAUAUUAGUAGGUAAACAAUUGAAAAUUGAGGGUUUCCUAUGUUGGCGGUGGUUCAACCGACACCCUGAAGGUUAUGCACAGUUAGCCAAAUGGAUACAUACAGGAGAGUUACAUCCAAGAGAACACAUCACGGAAGGAUUCGAAAACAUCUAUGACGCUUUUGUAGGCAUGCUGAAAGGCGAAAAUUUUGGAAAGGCUGUUGUUAAGUUAUAACUUUUUAAAUAUAAAAUUAGUUUACGUUAA